AUGAAUAUUUUAGUGUAUUUUUUGACGAUGGGCCUAAUAAAGUGGCUCAGCGAUAAGCGACGUGAGGCAUUACCACGAAUGAGCACACGAUCAUUACUAUCGUACUACUUACCAAUCACUGGUGCUGUCAGCCAUACGCUAUACACCAUUCAUAUCUUCUCGCCGCAGAUUCUCUCCAGAUUGUUUCCAAUAUGCGAUUUAGCGGUAGAAAAUUCGAUAUUGUCCACAUCAAAUCUGGGUGUUGGAUUCUAUGUAUAUUUUCGACCACAUUUGUAUCGGUUAGAUUCAUGGAAUCGUGUUCAGUAUAGUGUUUUCGCGGCCGUUAUGUUCAAUUUUGGCUCUUUACUGACAGCCGUCUUCAUCAAAGCACUUUUUCCAUCCAAAUCCAAUAUAGCUUUGAAAUCCGUGGUCGCGAUUGCACUGAGUUGGUUUUUAUUAUCACGAGGACAUCACUAUUUGAAGUUCUUGGAUACACGGCCAAGGCGUAAAACAACAUCCAAAAAUAAACAGAUCAGUGAAGACGCUUCAUAA